AUGUAUCUUUCAAGGGGACUUGGAAAUGGCAAAGCGCAUCUGCUGCUAGUUAUUCUUGCAUUCCUUUCUUUCACAUCCUUGACCUUAGCUGCCUCACCGACAUCCUUCUGCAAAUGCACCUGCUUCUCGAAUAGUACCAUCAUUCCACUUGACCCUUCCAAAUCCAGUUCCGGAUCCUCGACCAUCAAUAAUGUCUUCAAGCUUUACGAGCGAAAUUUCGAUAGCUUAGGACUCGAACUUACCGAAGAUGAUCACGAAAUUGAGCCACGCGCCCAGAAAUAUCGAGCGCUUAGCUGCAACGACUGCAAUCGCAAAUUUUGCCUGAACUACGAGCUCCCAACGUGUAAGGGAGCUAAGGAGGAGGAUGUCUUUACAACUUGCUUCCAGCGCGAUUCCCGGAAAGAUGAAGCGGUGGUGUUUAUCUUUAUCUUUGCUACUGGGGGUCUCCUCUCAUGGGCACUUGCCAAGCCAUGGAUUGAACGAUAUCUCGAGGCCGCACGGGAACGCCGAUCUUACAUACCCGUUGCGGAACCCGAUAGUUAA